AUGAAGAUCACCGUGCACUCGUCCAAGGCCGUCAAGCCCGACUACGGCGCCUGCGGCGUCGCUCCAGGCUGCACCGCCGACGUCGUCCCGCUCACCGUGCUCGACAAGGCCAACUUCGACACGUACAUCUCCGUCAUCUACGCCUUCCACGCACCGGCGCCGCCCAAUGACGUCCUCGAGGCCGGGCUGGCCAGGGUGUUGGUGGACUACCGCGAGUGGGCCGGCCGGCUCGGCGUGGACGCCAACGGCGAACGCGCUAUCCUGCUCAACGACGCCGGCGCGCGUUUCGUGGAGGCGACGGCCGACGUGGCGCUCGACAGCGUCAUGCCGCUCAAGCCCACGCCGGAGGUGCUCAGCCUGCACCCCAGCGGCGAUGACGGCCCCGAGGAGCUCAUGCUGAUCCAGGUCACGCGCUUCUCGUGCGGGUCGCUCGUCGUGGGGUUCACCACGCAGCACAUCGUGUCCGACGGCCGCUCCACCGGCAACUUCUUCGUCGCCUGGAGCCAGGCCACCCGCGGCGCCGCCGUCGACCCCGUCCCGGUGCACGACCGCGCUUCCUUCUUCCAUCCCCGCGAACCGCUGCACGUCGAGUACGAGCACCGUGGCGUCGAGUUCAAGCCCUACGAAAAGGUGCACGACGACGUUGUCCGUGCGGACGGCGACGACGACGAGGUGGUGGUGAACAAGGUGCACUUUAGCCGGGAGUUCAUCUCCAGGCUCAAGGCGCAGGCGCCGUUGAAGCACGCGGUGGAGCUCAUCAGCCGGGAGGUGGCCCGUAUCAACGACGGCUACUUCAAGUCCUUCAUCGACUUCGCCAACUCGGGCGCCGUGGAGAAGGAGCGGCUGGCGGCGACGGCGGACGCGGCUGAGAUGGUGCUGAGCCCCAACAUCGAGGUCGACAGCUGGCUGCGGAUCCCGUUCUACGACAUGGACUUCGGCGGCGGCCGGCCCUUCUUCUUCAUGCCCAGCUACCUGCCGGUGGAGGGCCUGCUCAUCCUGCUGCCCUCCUUCUUGGGCGACGGCAGCGUGGACGCCUACGUGCCACUCUUUAGCCGCGACAUGAACACCUUCAAGAACUGCUGCUACACCCUCGACUAG